AUGAAGCACUCUCAUCUCGCCCGCGAGGGGCACGACCCUACUGCGGACCACGGCGCACAGGGGCAAGACCACAACGGGGACGAUGCACAAAGGCCGCACAGUCCGCGCGAGGAGACGAACACAGUUUGGGAUGUGGUGGAAAUAAAGUACAACAGCGACAACUACACGCCAGAUGAUGCACUGUCGCCACAACUACUACGCGGAGCGGGCACCCGUAGUUGUUCAAAAUCGAAACGCGUGGAGGAGCCCCAUAGUACCGUCAGCGAUGAUGAGUUUGACUUUGAGUACGACUACGAUUACGAAAGGAAGAGUGAACGCCUGUGGGAAGCGAGCGUUCUUCUAUUUCCCCCGUCGUCGUUGGACGAUAAUUUUCCUUUUCCCAUACGCAAGAAAAAAAGUGUGUAAGUGUAAGUCUGUGAUGCAGAAAAUGCAACACAGUUACACUUGUCAUGCUGGACGUGCGUCAUAGCCAUGCUUCAUACGUGUUUGCACGUACUAGCUGCGCAUGACAGGUUUUCUCUGUAUAUGCAAAGCGAAUUUGAUGUAAUGCUACUCGUCCCACACAGUUACACUUACACUUACACACUUUAUUUUUUCUUGGUGGAUAUCCCAUCAGUAAAGAUAAAUUGAAGAUGAGCGAGCCGCGACAGGACGAAUGCCAAGCUGUUUUACCGCACUUUGACUUGGUCUUCUCCAGCGUUAUUUGCGAAGAAUUCACUCCAUUUCCAGCGGGAACUAGGACUACGGAUGAAGGGCUCUGCAGAGAGGAUAACUUCCUGGUAUCCUCCGGGGAGGUGGGUCACCAAACGGAUGAAGACGAGUUAUCCCACUUGAACAAUAUGUGCGGUGGUUGUACUGCUUUUGCUUGUGGACAACCUUUCACGCCAGUCUCCCGCUCGUUUGCGACCACGGUGAUUCCACCUCUCCUCGAAAACGACCUCUGCUUUUUUGCUGAAGAGACCACGCCGGUGGCGAAGCCGCGCCGUCAACAGAUAUUUUUGCCGACACUGGUUCCAGAAAAGAAGAAGUAGCACGCUUGGUGAGAUGAUGUUGUUGGGAGGUGCUAGUUUCGAUCAGGGUGCUGGGGACAACCACUGGAAGAAUGCCUCGUCAGAUGUUGUGCCGAAUUCUUCCACCACUUCAUAUGUGUGUUUGUAUGUCUACUAAUUUCACCGGGAGGACCGAGUUUAGGAAUAGCUGUAGCUUCAUCCGAUGAUCAUUGGUGUUUUAAAUCUUCAACCUAAACAGACAAAUCCCUAGCAGCUCGUAGCAGGAACAAAGCAGUAACAAUCCUAACCUCGCCUUUGCGACGAGGAGAAAAAA